ACCUCUAAAGAGUUAUACAUGAGUUAUUAGUCUCCAAAUAACACAACCAUGCAAUACUCAAUACUUCUUAUCCCUCUUUUCUUUCUCUCCUUGAUCUUUUUGCUCAAACGUUUUAGAUCAUCACAAACCAAAUCCAACUUACCACCGUCGCCGCCUAGGUUACCGGUGAUCGGAAACCUCCACCAGCUCGGAACCCUACCACACCGCUCUCUCCAAACACUCUCUAACAAGUAUGGCCCUCUAAUGCUAAUGAAGAUGGGACAAGUUCCAACCCUAGUGGUUUCAUCUUCACAAAUGGUGAAAGAGAUUGUCAAGAAUUACGACGUCGUUUUCUCUGACCGCCCUAAAACCACCGCGGCCGACAUCCUUCUCUAUGGAUGUCAAGAUCCGGGGUUUGCUCCUUAUGGCGAGUAUUGGAAAAAAAUUAGAAAAAUUUGUGUUGUGGAGCUUUUGAGCCACAAAAGGGUUCAUGAGUUUGAGUUUGUGAGAGUAGUAGAGACUAAUCUUUUGGUUGAUAGGAUAAGUAGAGCUUGUCACAAUGAUGUUGGAGAGCCUUUAAAUCUUAGCAAAUUGUUAGUUGGGACAUCUAAUAACAUUGUCUCUAUGUGUAUUCUUGGGCAGAGAUUUGAGGAUGAAAAUGGACAAAGCAAGUUUGGAGACUUGACAAGAAGAUUUAUGGAAGAUUUCAUGGCCUUUAGUGUGCAAGAUUUCUUCCCUACUAAAUAUGCUAGGUGGAUUGAUGUGGUUAGAGGCUUGAUAGGUCGUUUGAAAUCAAAUUUUAGAGAAUUAGACACUUUUUAUGAUCAAGUUGUUGAAGAACACAAGGCUGGUCUCAAAAGCAGUGAUGGUGGAUCUCAUUCAAAAGAUUUUUUAGACAUUCUUCUUGCACUUCAGAAGGAUGACUUUGACCUCACUCAAGACAGUAUGAAAGCAAUCCUUAUGGACUUGUUUGUGGGUGGGAGUGAUACUACAUCAACAGCAUUGGAAUGGUUAAUGGCAGAGCUAGUUAAAAGUCCAAGAGUAAUGAAGAAAGCUCAAGAGGAGAUUAGAAGAGUGGUGGGAAACAAAGGGAAAAUUGAUAUGAAUGAUAUCAACCAAAUGGAGUUCUUGCAAUGUGUCAUUAAAGAAGGUCUAAGACUACAUCCACCAGCUGUUCUUUUAGUCCCUAGAAAAACUAUGUCAAAUGCUGAGCUUGGAGGCUACAAUGUUCCUGAAAACACUAGGGUUUUUAUCAAUGCAUGGGCAGUCCAAAGGGACCCAACUGUAUGGGACAAGCCAGAUGAGUUCAUCCCAGAAAGAUUUGAGAACAACCCUAUUGAGUUCAAACUAGGGCAAGACUUUGAAUUGAUUCCAUUUGGGUUUGGAAGAAGAGGAUGCCCUGGCUUGGAAUUUGGGGUUACUAGUCUUCAAUAUAUGAUAUCAAAUCUUUUAUAUUGGUUUGACUGGAAAAUCCCUACUAAUAAUGCCAAUAAUGGUGAUGAUGAUCAGAUAAUGUUGGGUGAGGAAUUAGAUAUGGAUGAAGUUUAUGGACUCACAGUUCAUAAGAAAACUCCCCUUUAUCUUAUACCAUCAUCCUAUGCUCCUUUUAUGUGUACUGAUCAAUGCACUUGAUUUAAUAUUCCUAUGCAUAUGUUUUGUUUUUAAUUCAUAAUAACAAUAAUAUUUAAGUGAAUUAAAUGAGGUGUUUUGUAUUUUUCUUUCUAGUUGCUAAAUUCGAUUAUUAAAUAAAUAAAUAAAUAUUAUAUUA